GUGGGCUCUACGUGUGCAGCGAGUCGGGCUUCCUCUGCACCCGUAACGAGUGACGAGACUCUACGUAAAACUCGGGCCGAUCUCCAUGGAAACUGCAACCAGAGCGCAACAGGAAGCCAAUGCAACUGAGAAAGUAAUAAGUGAGGUGAAUGAGGGUGUGUCUGUGGUGUCAUUACCUGAUGUACAGACACUACAGGUGCAGGGAGUCAUUCAGACCACACAGCCCUCUGUUAUCCAAUCACCUCAGAUACAAACAGUGCAGGUAGCUGUUGAUACUGGUGGAUCGGGUUCAAACCCAUCAGAUCCUCAGAAGAGAAGGGAGAUUCUGUCCAGACGACCAUCUUACAGGAAAAUCUUUAAUGAGUUGUCAUCAGACGUACCUGCCGUGCCAAGGAUAGAGGAAGAGGAGAAAUUAGAGGAAGAAACCCUGGCCACCUCCAGUGUUGCUACGGUGAUGGCACCGUCUCCAAUCUACCAGACCAGCUCCGGGCAAUACAUUACGAUCACUCAGGGUGGAGCAAUACAGCUGGCCGGCCCUGGAGGAGAGGCCCUGCAGGGGGUUCAGGCUCUGACUCUUCCCAGCCCCGCCACACCACAGCCUGGGGCCACUAUCCUGCAGUAUGGCGCCCAGCCUGGAGACCCCGGCCAACAGCUACUGCUGACCUCUGGACAAGUGCUCGUUCAAGCUGCCACAGGAGACAUGCCAGCAUAUCAGAUCCGCUCCCCGUCGUCAGGGUUACCACCAGGAAGAUUUUAA